GCAUGUGAAGUGCGAGUAACGGCAAUUCCCGCUUUACCUCUGUUCGUCGAACUUUGAUGCGACAAGGGAGCCCGUCGUCGUCGUACGCCACUGCCACACUCAUAAAUGCCGGGAAGGUAGCUAGCGGUUUGCAUAUUGCUCUCAAUUAUGGAACAUAUGCAAUGCAUAAUUAUGGAGAGCAUCCGAACAUACUUAUGUUACUCAGGCUGUCAUAGGGACAGACACGAGGCCGAUGGUCGUCUCCGGAAAAUCACCACCUCCAUUGUGUCGGGAUAUCGUGUUACAGGCAAUGCAGUAUUAUGUGGAUGGUUAUCUGUCUCCAAAAGAGCUUGAUUGCGAGGAUGUAGUGUUUAAUGAGAAUUUUCCAUGGAUACGGCAACGAGCCCAGAUGUAUGAAGCUUUCUUGCUCAGCCUGUCCUCACAAUGGGACGCCAUUUCGAGUGCUGUUCAGAUUGUGAACGCUGUUUUCCAAUUUCGCUUCCGUCGAGAGACUCCCGAGUCGGUCUCACAACGCCAGCGGUCUUUCAAGCACGGAACGACAUACGAGUGCCCUUCCGCUGAACAAUCUGCCUUCGAUUCCGAUAAAUUUCCAACACAAUUAUGCCUCGACUUUUUAAAUUCGGCGUCCAUUGCAUUCGCUACGAAAGUCGACUUGGUCGCCCAAGGGAGUGGCCCGUCGCCUGAGACUCCGGGUGUCGCGAGAGGGCGUUCUCCAUGCGUAUCACAAUACUCGUUCCUGCUUUCCCUGGUUGUUCUUCAGGUUAUCUCUUCUUUUCACCGAUUCUUCCUACUAACUUUUCCCACUCCCGGACCUUCUUGGUACCUUUGUCAUGGGGACUCAUGCGGAAUCUCUACCAGUAGACGUUCCAGAAGGUACGUUUCUGUUUUUCCCGACACAACAUACCAAAUAUACGGACUCAUUGUAAGUCCACCCAGCGUCACGAGACUGCUUCUCGUCCACCGCUCCGAUAUGCGACCUCACGUACCUGGUCUACCGCCGCCGCCGAUCCUACAAUACAGACUGGGAUAUCCCGCUUUGUUCCAGCAACUUCCGAAAAACAAUGUCGGUGGAUCUAUCCAGCCUGCACACUUGCCAGUCCACAUUCCUUCUGUCGCAUCCCUGCCGACGUCCGGCUCGCCAACGAACAGCUCGCGUCAGGUCUUCUCGGCGAGAAGGGGGAUCGCUCAGGCGUUCUCCCACCUGGCGGGCAGGCGCAUGUACUUUGUGGGGGAUGUGUGCGUCCACGUCGUUUGGGCCGUGAGGUAUCUGGGCCACAUGGCUGGAUAUCUUCUUUGUGGCGCAUUCUUAAUCCAAUCAACGUUGAAUACCCUCAAGGGGUAUUCCCGCUAUCAUGCAUGCUGCAUGCGACAGUCCGGAUGCAUAGGUGUGACCAGAUGUGUUCUUUCCUGCCGUCCUGCAUGCCGUCGCUCAAAGAUUGCAAACGAGCACGCCGCAUGUCAGGCUUUGUUCUCUGCACACCCAAACCUACAAGAUUUCCUCCUAAACCCAAUCGGUGCACUGCUAAUAUACUGCGAAAGGCAAAGGCUCAUACCACCGUAGUUUAUAGCCGUGGCAGUAUCGCCGUAGGGGUUGCAUGUAAG